AUGUCGUAUACCAUAACUUUCACUAGUAUUGGCGGAUUUACUAUACCAGCUAAUGGAUUGGCUACCUUUGGAUCAAUUGAGUGGAGUGAUGGAAGUCAUCGCAUAAUCAGUUCAACUUUGUCAAACAGUUUCCAAUCUAGAUGCAAUUACUCCAAUUAUUUUGUUGAUCCAUUUCAAUCACCGAUAUAUAGUAUUUCGUAUAUAAGGAGUCAAGGAGACCCAUGCAUACCCAUAACGUAUUCAGUUCACACCCAAAAAGUGGCAACCAUCUCCAAACCCUCAACUCAUCUCCUUCCAUUUUUCAUCCUCUUAUUUUUUCAAUGUCCUUGUUUAUCCAUAAAGUCCACCUUCAUCGUCCACAUGUCACAUUCCCACAUGCCAAACGCCUUCACCUCCGCCCACGACUGGUACUCCUCCAUCCUCCACUCCCUCCCCUGCACCACCACUUCAACCGAAGAAACACAACAUGACAUCCUGUACACAUACUCUCACUCAGCUACUGGUUUUGCAGUUGUUAUCUCGGCAUCUAAAGCCGCCAAGCUCCGCCGCCAUCCAUCCGUGCUGUCGGUCAUACCCGAUCGGAUGGUUGAGGCGGCAACUACAGAAACAACUACAUUCUUAGGCCUCUCAGACGAGUCGGGAAUAUGGCCCGACACAGACUGGGGGUCAGAUGUUAUCAUUGGUGUCGUAGACUCCGGAAUAUGGCCUGAAAACCCCAGCUUUCAUGAUACUGGCCUUGAUAAAGUGCCUGCUAAUUGGAGAGGUAUCUGCGAGGUGGGUUCUGAUUUUCCGGCCACUUCUUGUAAUAACAAAAUCAUUGGUGCUCGUUUCUUCUUCAAGGGGUACGAAGCAAAACAUGGGCCAUUGACCAUGAUAAAGUCACCAAGGGACUCGACGGGGCAUGGAUCUCACUGCGCCUCAGUAGCGGGAGGAUCAGUAGUGGAUAACGUUGGUUUCUACGGGUAUGCAUCAGGGCGGGCUAAUGGUGUUGCACCCAAGGCUCGAAUCGCUGUCUACAAGGUCUAUUGGGGAACAUCAUCCUUAGGGUCAUCGGCAGACAUACUUGCGGCAAUGGAUCAAGCCAUACAAGACGGAGUUCAUGUCCUAUCUAUGUCCCUCGGCGGAAGUUACACUGAUUACAGCAUAGACCCCGUAGCUUCUGGUGCAUUUGGAGCAAUGAUGAAAGGUGUGGUGGUCUCGGCCUCGGCUGGUAAUUCAGGGCCGGAAUCUUUUACUGUCAAAAAUGUUGCACCGUGGAUAAUCACCGUUGGAGCUUCUACCAUCUACAGAGAAUUCCCGGCAGAUGUAGUGCUCGGAAACGGCAAGGUUUUAAAAGGAUCUUCGUUGUUUAAUUACAAAAAAAAUUCUACUACUUCAACUUUGAUGCUGGUUACUGGUCAAGCUUGCGGCAGUAGUGUUUGCAAAGAAGGUGAGCUUGAUAGAUCCAAAGUAUAUGGGAAAAUGGUGGUUUGCAUGGCUGGAGAAACUUCACCAGUGGCUAAGAGUUACGCAGUUGAAAAGGCUGGUGGUUUAGGAAUGGUUUUGAUAAACAAAGCUAUUAAAGGUGAUGAAUUGAAAGCUUUGCCAUAUAUUAUCCCAGCAACUACGGUGACUUAUACUACUGGAACUAUCAUCAAAACGUACAUGUCUAAUACUGCAUAUCCUAAAGCUAGAAUCAUGUUCCGAGGGACGGUAUUAGGUCCCUCACCAUCAGCACCGAAGGUGGCAGCGUUUUCAUCUCGCGGUCCUAACCCUGUCACACUUGAUAUCCUAAAGCCCGAUGUCAUAGCUCCCGGGGUUAACAUCUUGGCGGGCUGGACAGGUUCGUUGGCGCCUAGUAAGCUAAGUUACGACAAGAGGAGGGUCAUGUACAACAUUAUAUCUGGUACUUCCAUGGCUUGCCCACAUGUAAGCGGCUUGGCUGCUUUGCUAAGAAAUGCUUAUCCUAGAUGGAGCCCGUCUGCUAUCAAGUCUGCAAUCAUGACUACUACUUAUAAUAUCGACAAUGCAGGCAAAAAAAUCACUGAUCUCUCGUUGAAGAACCAGUUCUCGUUGUUCGUUCAAGGAUCUGGACUAAUUAACCCUAAGGAUGCUCUCAAUCCUGGCCUAGUUUAUGAUCUCGAUUCUACCGACUACAUAGCAUUUCUGUGUUCUAUUGGAUAUAGCUCUAGAAAGAUUGCCCAAUUCGUACAAGAUCGGUCACUGAUUGAUUGUAGUGCAAAGAAUUUUUCGAGUCCUGGUGAAUUGAAUUAUCCAUCCUUCUCGGUUGUUUUCAAAUCUACCAAGGAUGUGGUUACGUACAGAAGAGUGGUAAAAAACGUAGGGAGGUCAGUGAAAGCAGUAUACCAAGCGAGUGUGAAUGCACCAAAUUAUGUUCGAGUUAGUGUUUCUCGUACAAGACUUGAAUUCAAUGCCAAACAAAAAAUAUUGUCCUACUCCAUAACUUUCACUAGCAUUCUUGGCGGAUCUGCAAUACCAACUAAUGGAGUGGAGAGUUUCGGAUCAAUUGAAUGGUGGGACGAAACUCAUCGUGUAACAAGUCCUAUUGCAGUUUAUUGGAAGCCUAGAAGAGUUCAUCAAGAAGACUUCGUUGCUUCAAUGUAAUAUGUUUUGCUCUCCAUUCAAUAAGUAUUAUUGGAACUUUCUUCAGUUUCCUCUUGAUGAAAUAAAAAAUGUCUACCUGUAUGCAUUAUUGGUUUUAUAUGGACCGUCGUCAUUCAUAAAAAAUGGUUGCUUUGAAAAAUACGAACCGAGUACAAAUUAAUUAACAUUUCUAUUAUUCAAACUUUAAAUUUUAGUUACUCCCUCUGUGUAAAUU